CCGCCGCCUCCUCACCUGGCCAUUGGUGCGGCCCGUUCCCGGCGGCGAGAGAAAGCAGGCGCGCUCCUUGCGCCACGCCACACCGUCCGGCCCCCCUCGGGCCGCAAUGGUGGGCUCCGCGCGGCUGGGUCCGGCACCCUUGACCCUCUUUGUAACCACCGCGGCGGGCACCCAGGGAGUUCGAGCAACGAAGUUGGUGACCUACCCCGCUCCCAGGCAGUUUGCUGUUGGGGCUUUCACGGCUGCUGGAAGGGCAUGGCUGUUUGCCCCAUCACUGGGCGCCAGCUUCUCAAAGCUACGUUCACAGCAACGCAGUAGGGACUUUUGCGGCAGGCUUUUUUUAAGAGCUGAAAGAAGGGCGGGAGGGUUUACGUCCUCGGGUGAUGAUUUCCUCACUAGACAACGAAGUAUCUGUUGGGAAACUCCAGGUGACCGCACCUCCUUCCGACAGUUCGCCCCGGGGCAAGUUUACCAGCUGCGUCAGAAAGCAGGUUUGCAAAAUCCUUGGAGAACGGCCUGAGCUAAGGACUGGGGUUAGGAGAGUUUUAAACACAUUCUCAUUUUCUUGCAAUCAUAUCUCUUGAAAGUUUUAAUAUUUUCCCCAAUAUUUUUCUGAGUUGCUAUAACCAAUGAAAACAAUGCUGGUGUAGACGUCCACCAGCCAAUGCUUUAUUGGAAGUCAACGAAUGAGACCGAGGGUGGCCCAUAGUCGAUCUCGGCACGCGGGAAUGUGAACCUCUUCCAAGGUCUGGGCGAGUCCCUAGAGUUAUGCAGAUGAAGAACAUUGGCCCUCGAGAAUCUCACACCAGCAAAGAAGAGCACAACGAAGCGCAAACUACUUAUGAUCAUUGUGGCUUUGGGCAAGUUGUUGUAGCUCCCAACAACAAUUUCUUCACCCAGAGUGCAGCAAUAAAUGAUACUGGUGCUGCAGGGCAGCUAAUAAGCUUCUGAAUAAUAUGUGCAAAGUAGCUGGCACCAUGAGCAGAACUCAGUAUACUGUCACUGAAGAAAUAGCUUAUUUAAUGCAUUUUUCAUAUGUGCAAGUAAAAGUUUGACUUUUAAUUUUAGGGAAAGCCUCACCUACGGAAUGCCCUUUUUAAAUUUCUUUUUAAAUUAUACUUUAAGUUCUGGGAUACAGGUGCAGAACGUGCAGGUUUGUUACACAGGUAUACAUGUGCCAUGGUGGUUUGCUGCACCCAUCAACCCUUCAUCUAGGUUUUAAGCCCCGCAUGCAUUAGUUAUUUGUCCUAAUGCUCUCCCUCCCCUUGUCCCCCCACCCCCAACAGGCCUCGGGGUGUGGUGUUCCCCUCCCUGUGUCCAUAUGUUCUCAUUGUUCAACUCCCACUUACGAUGAGAACAUGCAGUGUUUGGUUUUCUGUUCCUGUGUUAGUUUGCUGAGAAUGAUAGUUUCCAGCAUCAUCCAUGUCCCUGCAAAGGACAUGAACUCAUUCUUUUUUAUGGCUGCAUGGUAUUCCAUGGUGUAUAUGUGCCACAUUUCCUUUAUCAUUGAUGGGCAUUUGGGUUGGUUCCAAGUCUUUGCUAUUGUGAACAGUGCUGCAAUAAACAUACGUUUGUAUGUGUC